ACUAUAAAUUUUAAUGAUAGACUAUAUUUUUUUUAGUGGAAAUCAGCAUUCUAAAGUGACUAAAUGUUAUUAAAUUAAUAACUUGUUAUUAUGUAAAUACAUUUGUUCUUUAUUCGCACACUUAGUGUGUCGGAGAGAAACCUUUCUAAAAGCAACAAAAAAAUGCUGGGGCCGAGGAAAUCUAUCUUAAAGUCAAAUGAUUCACAUCAAAUUCAAAGUAACGCGCCAGAACAAGAGCGUAGUUUGUCCGCUAACCAUACAAUCAACAUUCUCAUGCCCGUUCAGCCAGGGGAAUUAAGCCAAUACACUUUCAACUGGUACCUGAGGUACAUCCACAAGCCCGGCUACUACAUCAACCUAUGUCAUGUGCCAGAGCUGAGCUUCAAGAUAAAGGCUGGGAUGUCCAACUCAGAAGUGUUGAACAUCAUGCAAGAUAUUGAUUUCAAAAUGGAAGAGCUAAAGAGAAUGUACGAGCAGCUUCUUAUCGAUAAUAAAGUCAUUGGCAGAUUUUUCCGUAUCAGCGGCCAUAGUAUUUGGAGUGCCAUUGUUGAGUUCAGCAAACUGAUACAAGCAGACAUGAUAGUGAUGGGCUCGGCAGUGAUGUCCCCUGACUUCUCGCGGGAUCUCAAGAACAUCGAGGUCAACCCGGAUGUCAGCAGCGUCACAAAGGAUGUCCUGAUGCACACGCUUCUGCCGGUCACUGUAGUCCGGCAGCCGGUUGAGUUGGCCGUCAUCUCAGCCAGAUGUUCAGGGGAAUCACAUGACCAUCUGUAGCUCGUCAAUGGAGUCACAUGACCAUCAAUAGCGCGUCAAUGGAGUCACAUAACCAUCAAUA